AUGACAGGAAGAGCUAGAGCCAGAGCUAGAGGAAAAGCUCCAGUGCAGGCGAUGCCUAUUCCUUCUGUAGGAGCUGCAUCUGUUCAACAGACUUCACCAAGUCAGGAACUGAAGCUGCCAGCAGCAGGAGAACCUGGUAGCCGUGGACGACAGAGGGGCCCUCCGAUUCAACCCCAAGGCAGGGAUGAGAGAAAGCCAGAAGGAUUACAGAUUUCUGCAGGAUUUCAGGAAUUGUCUAUAGCAGAUAGGGGUGGACGUCGUAGGGAUAUCCAUGACCUGGGGGUAAAUACUCGGCAAACCAUAGAACAUGUGCAAGAAUCAAAAACAGGUAUUUCAGGUGCUAAGAUAAAAUUAAUUUCCAAUUACUAUCGCAUGCUAUCUCGACCCCAGUGGGUUUUAUAUCAGUAUCGUGUUGACUACAGUCCCAAUAUGGAAGGACGCAACCUUCGAUCAGCUUUGCUUUUUCAGCAUCACGAGCUGCUUGGAAAAACACACGCAUUUGAUGGAUCAAUAUUACUCAUGCCAAGACAGCUAGAGAAUAAGGUUACCAAAGUGUUUGCUAACACUCGAAAUGGGGAGAAGGUUCAGAUAACAAUCAACCUGACUAAUGAAUUGCCGCCCUCUUCACCAACGUGUUUACAGUUUUACAACAUCAUUUUUAGAAGGAUUUUGAAGAUGUUGAAUUUCCAGCAGAUUGGACGUAAUUUUUACAACUCUGAUAACCCUAUCAACAUCUCUGAGCACAGGUUGAUGGUUUGGCCGGGCUUCACAAGUUCUAUCCUUCAAUAUGAGGAAAACAUCAUGUUAUGUACAGAUGUGAGCUACAAGAUUCUUCGCAGUGAAACCGUGUUGGAUUUUAUGUACAAUCUGUAUCAGCGGGCUGAAGAGCAAAGAUUUAGAGAUACUUGUGCUAAAGAGCUGACAGGUUUAAUUAUUCUUACAAAGUACAACAACAGAACGUACAGAAUUGAUGACAUAGACUGGGAUGGCAAUCCACAGUGUACCUUUAGAAAAGCGGAUGGAUCUGAAAUCAGCUUGGUGGAUUACUACAAGACGCAAUAUAAUCAAGAAAUUACUGACUUGAACCAGCCUGUCUUGAUCAGUCAGCCUAAGAGGAGAAGCAGCACAAUGCAAGGACCUCUGAUUUUAAUUCCAGAGCUGUGCUUCCUAACAGGAUUAACUGACAAGAUGCGUACUGAUUUUAAGGUGAUGAAAGACUUGUCUACUCAUACACGGCUGUCACCUGAGCAAAGGCAACGUGAGAUUGGAAGACUUAGCAAAUACAUUCAAGGAGAUGACAAUGUUCAGAAGGAACUCAGAGACUGGGGUUUAAGCUUUGAUCAUAAUUUAUUAUCCUUUUCGGGAAGAGUUGUUCAACCAGAGAAGAUCCUUCAAGGAGGAAAUGUGUUUGAUUACAAUCCUCAGAUUGCAGAUUGGACAAGGGAAACUAGGGGAGCUCCUGUAAUCUGUGCAAAGCCUCUAGAGAACUGGUUAUUACUCUACCCACCACGCAGCUGUGAUGCUGCUAAUACAUUACUUCAGUGUCUGUUUAAAGUCACACCAUCUCUGGGAAUAAGAAUGACUGAGGCAAUCAUGAUUGAAGUAGAUGAUAGAACAGAAGCUUAUUUAAAGGCUUUACAGCAAUGUGUUACACCUCAGACAAACAUAGUAGUCUGUGUUUUUUCGAGUGUCCGAAAGGAUAAAUACGAUGCUAUCAAGAAAUACCUAUGUACAGAUUGUCCUGUUCCAAGUCAGUGUGUGCUUGCUCGCACUUUAGGCAAGCCUCAGACUGCUAUAACCGUAGCAACAAAAAUCGCCUUACAGAUGAACUGUAAAAUGGGUGGAGAACUCUGGAGUGUUGAGAUCCCACUGAAACAGUUAAUGGUUGUGGGAAUUGAUUGCUACCAUGACACUUUAUCUGGAAGGCACUCAGUUGCAGCAUUCGUUGCUAGCCUCAAUCAAACAAUGACAAGAUGGUUCUCCCGCUGUGUCAUUCAAGGGCGUGGACAAGAAAUUGUGGAUGGGCUCAAAACCUGUUUGCGAAGUGCUCUAAGAGACUGGUUCAAGUGGAAUAAGGCUUUGCCCAGUCGUAUUAUUGUGUAUCGUGAUGGCGUAGGAGAUGGACAACUAAACACUUUGGUUAAUUACGAAGUGCCUCAGCUUCUGGAGUGCUUGAGGACUAUCGGAACAGACUACAAUCCAAGAAUUACUGUGAUAGUUGUGAAGAAACGAGUACAUAGCAGGUUCUUCGCAGAGGUUGGUGGAGGACUUAAAAACCCACCCCCUGGUACUGUUGUUGACACAGAGAUUACCAGACCAGAAUGGUAUGAUUUCUUUAUUGUGAGUCAGGCAGUGAAGGAUGGUUGUGUUGCACCCACUCAUUAUAACGUCAUUUAUGACAACAGCAAAAUGAAGCCAGAUCACGUACAACGUUUAACCUACAAACUUUGCCACGUAUACUAUAACUGGACAGGUGUUAUCAGAGUACCUGCUCCUUGCCAAUAUGCCCAUAAACUGGCUUUCCUUGUUGGGCAGAGCAUUCAUAGAGAACCAAACCUGUUGCUUUCAGACAGACUUUUCUAUCUUUGA